AUGGAGAAGACCCACCUGAUUCGGUGUCCCACAGGAGAAAAUGAAGAAGACCCACCUGAUUUGGUGUCCAGCACUAAAGACAACGACGGAAACCCAGAGAUACUGGGAAGCAAAAAAAAGCCAGAGAUACUGGGAAGCAAGACGAGACAACGACGGAAAGCCAGAGAUACUGGGAAGCAAGAAGAGGGACGACGGAAAGCCAGAGAUACUGGGAAGCAAGAAGACAGCGAAUGA